UGAAAGCCUACAGGGACAGAGUCCAACGCACUCAGCGGUCCCAGCACCUGUGCAGCCUCAGCUCCCUCAGCCAUGGAGCCUGGUGCUGUGCUGGCAGCUGUCGCCCUGCUGGUGGCCCCGGUGGUGCUGGGAGCCCACCCGGCUGGUGCUGAGAAGCUCUCAGGGGUUUUCCUGGAGAUGGAAAAGGCUGAGUGUCAGUUCCUCAACGGCCCCGAGCGGGUCAGGUUUGUGGACAGCUACAUCCACAACCGGGAGCAGUAUGUGCACUUUGACAGCGACCUGGGGAUCUUUGUGGCCGACACUCCCCUGGGUGAGCGCCAAGCGCAGCACUUGAACAGCCUGCCGGAGUUCCUGGAGCAGAAACGAGCUGAGGUGGACACCUUCUGCCGGAACAACUACAAGGCAGUGACCUCAUUCGCCGUGGAGAGGAGAGUGCAGCCCCAGGUGCAGAUCCACCUCGUGCAGUCGAGCUCCCUGCCCCAGAGCACCAGGCUGGUUUGUGCCGUGAUGGAUUUCUACCCCGCGGAGGUGGAGGUGAAGUGGUUCAGGAACGGGCAGGAGGAGACGGAGAGCGUGGUGUCCACGGAGGUGCUGCCGAACGGGGACUGGACCUACCAGGUGCUGGUGCUGCUGGAAACCAGCCCGCAGCCUGGGGACACCUACCUGUGCCAAGUGGAGCACAGCAGCCUGCAGCACCCCAUCAGCCAGCGCUGGGAGCCCGGCCGCAGCAAGAUGCUGACAGGGGUGGGGGGCUUGGUGCUGGGGCUCCUCUGCCUGGGCCUGGGGCUCUGCCUCCACCUGCGCAGCAAGGGCUCCUGAAGCAGCUCCUG